AGGUUUAGCUGGCCUUGAUGAGAUGGCGUCUUUGGCGCUGUGCUUGGCAAGGAAGGACCCAAGAACACGGCGCAUUCUAGCAUAUCUACCACCCAAUCGCCCAACGGACAGCUGAAGAGUCGGCAAGACCGCCUUUCGUCACGACGACAUCCCCCUUGACUUUGCUGCGACACGACGCGCCCAGCUUGCACCCUGGGAACCGAACAUCCUGCCGACCCCGAGGCUGUCUCCAACUGCGCUGCGCUGGACAUGGUCGCAAGUUGAAAGAAAGCCGUCGAAGCCCGCCCUCCACCCGGCCGCUGCCCCUGGAUCAGCAGAUCCCGACGGCCUCCCCCUGCCGUCCCGUCAUGCCCUGACCUCCGUCGCCUUUCGCGCGGAGGCUGUCAAACAUGCACGAGAACGAGAGCGGGCGGAAGUCAAUGGACAGCUUGUCGCCAACGUCCCCACACGGCUCGCGCCAUGACUUCCCCUUCCACUCCAGGCAGAGCUCAACGAGCAAUUCUCUCCAGGUCCGAAGGAGGGGUUCGACGGCAAGCUCCAUCCACUCCAUCGGCGGAGCGCUGGACUCGUCGUUUGGGAGCUGGGGAAACGCGGUCGUGGAGUCUGGGCAAAACGCAAUAUCGACACUGCUCCAGCCCCCUAUAGUCAGGACGGGCCUCCUGCCACACACGUCAGCGCCGUCCUCGUCCUCACAUAGGCCGCCGACAACAAGAGAUAUCCCACCCGUGACCCUAACAAACAUCCAACGCAUCGACGCCUCCGAAUUCCGACCUUACCUAACGCAGGUUGGUGCUCUGUACGAGCAACUACGGCGCGCCAAGGAGAGCGAGGAGGAGGGCGCCGAUGCUUCGCGCCGCCUGGGCAGCAAGGAUGAUCAUCCGCAGGGCCAUGACGAUGGGAAACACCUCCGCCCGGGGAAGCGACCCGCAGUCGCACCGAAACGGAAGAGCUCGGUGUCAUCAGUCAUCUCUGUGUCUUCCAUAGCCUCGUCGCUCGAGCCACCAACGACCCCAGGCCGCCGCGCAAGCUCCAGCUUCGCCAAGAGGGCAGCCCAGGGCCCGCCGCCGCUGUCGACCAUUCCGAACGUCUACUUCGAUGACGAGUUCCACCUCGAGAAUCCCCGCACUUUCGACAUCGUUAGCGAGCGCUCCGAGGUCAUCAGGCAAACCUCGGCGGGCGGCGGCGACGACAAGCCUGCUGCCGCUACCAACGGAAACACGCCAGCGCCAAGGAAGGCUCUGGCGACAAAUGCGAUCCUACAGGAGAAGCUGUCGUGGUACAUGGAUACUGUCGAGAUGCACCUCAUUUCGUCCAUCUCGGCUGCUUCAACGACCUUCUUCAUGGCCCUGGGCUCUCUCAAAGGCCUGCACACCGAGGCGGCAGAGUCGGUAGAGCGGAUAAAGUCUCUGCGGAGCGAGCUGGAGGCCCUGGACAACGAGGUCGUCACGCGGGGCCUCGGCAUUAUGCAGCAGCGGCGUAGACGCGAGAACCUGCAGCAGCUGCACGACGCAACCCUACAGCUGCGCGACAUUGUGGAGGGGGUCGGCAGGUGUGAGGCCCUCGUGGACGAAGGGCAAAUAGAUCAGGCACUCGAUAGCAUCGAUGCGCUUGAAGAUCUCAUAGACGGCCGUGUGGAGCCCUUCAACGGCUUCAACCGGCCCGUCGUCCCCCGCUACCAAUUACGCGACCUGAGGGGUGCCUCGGCCCUGCAGGGCGUCCACGACGAUAUGAACGUCCUCCGUUACCGAAUAGGCAGGGCGUACGAGGCCAAGCUCGUAGAGCUGCUGUUGGGCGACCUGCGCAGGCACCUGGAGGAGGUUUCCCACCAGGAGGUGCUCAUGCGCUGGAGUGCCGCCUCGAACCGCACCAGGGGGGCGCUCGCCAGAGAGCCUUCGGUAUUUCCCUCGUAUAUGGCGAAUCAGGAGAGCUUGCGGAUGGCCCUGCCAGCCAUCCUCGGGGGUCUACAGCGAUCCAAGCACUUGGCGGUCGCUACGGCGGCCUUCCGCGACGUGGCGCUGAGGGAGAUCAAGAAUCUCAUAAGGAAACCCCUGCCUAGCUCCAACGACGACGAUGCCGAGUCGAUGAUGUCGUCUUCGACGAUGGGUGGCGCGGGCAGGCAAAGGAACGCGCAGCAAAAGUCCUCAGCCCUUGCUCGCAACCUACGAUCGCUCGAAAGGGAAGACGCGGAGGAGCUGCUGAUCAGGAUAUACAUCAGCGUCACCGAGACUCUCAGGAGAUUAACUACACAGGGGAAGCUUCUGUUAGACGUCGCCAGCUCCAUCGGCAUCGAAUCGGCAGGCCUAGACGGGCUCAAGUCACCACCUCUUCGAUCGCCGCCGUUCAGCCCGAUGAACCGCAGGACCUCUAUCGCGGGGCUUGAGGCGCAGGAAGAGAUACACAAGGCGCUCGAGCUGUCGAACCUGCUCGGGCAAGCGGUCGACAUCUCGCAGGACAAGAUAGUGAAGCUCCUACGGGUGCGGACGGAGCAGAGCACACGGCUGCCGCUAGUGUGGUUCUUGCGCUAUUUCACCCUCAACCUCCACUUUGCCAACGAGUGCGAGUCCAUCUCGGGCCGUAGCGGCACGACGCUCAAGACGGUUGUGAACGGGCAAAUCCGCGAUUUCGUGCAGGUGCACGGCGACGCCGAGAAGCAGAAGCUAGCACAGGGCAUGGAGCAGGACCAAUGGGGCGUCCACGACUUCACCGACGCCGACACGGGCCUACUCCACCGACUCCUGGCCUGCAGCACUAGGGAUGCGGAGGCGUGGUCCGAGGGGGGCAAGAUCUGGAUUCCCGUCGAGGGGCCAGACAAGAGCGAGGCAGAUCAGGACGGCGAGGAAGACCUCGAGCAGGCUCAGGCAAAUGGUGCCGCCGCCAAGCCCAAGACGCGAGGUGCUGUCAUGGAUGACGAGACGUAUCUCCUCCCGCACUCGGCGGUGCUCUGCCUCGAAGGCAUAACGCAGUUCCUGCACCUAGCGGUGGGGAUCCCGUCCAUAACGGCCGACGUGUCGGCGUCGCUGGUGUCGUACUUGCAGCUAUUCAACUCGCGGUGCACGCAGCUCAUCCUGGGAGCGGGCGCAACGCGGUCGGCAGGCCUCAAAAAUAUCACGACCAAGCACCUCGCCAUCGCGUCGCAGGCGCUCGGCUUCGUGGCCGCGCUGGUACCGCACGUUCGCGAAUUUGUGCGCCGGCACGUCCCGGCCGGGCAACAGCAGCCCGGCGGAGGCGGUUCGGGGCCCAACAGCAACGAGGCGGCAGCGCCCAACUCGGCGGCAGGUCUCAUGGGCGAGUUCGACAAAGUACGGCGCCUGUACCAGGAACACCAAAACAACAUUUACGACAAGCUGGUCGAAAUCAUGAGCCAGCGCGCGGCGACGCACGCCAAGACGAUGCGAGCCCUGGACUGGGACGCGCCGGGGGCCGAGGAAGACGAUGCGGUGGUGCACCCUUACAUGGAGACGCUGACCAAGGAGACGUUGACACUCUACAAGAACCUGAUCAAGCUGCUACCCGAGGGCACGGUGCACUUCAUCAUGCAGCCCGUCUUUGGGAGCUACAAGGAGCAGCUCGGGAAGGUGAUCAUUGCGGUCGAGGUCAGGACCGAGGCUGGCCGGGAUAGGAUCCUUCAUGACCUCGGACACUUCAAGACCAGACUCAGCAAGAUUGAGGGCAACGGAGACGCAGCCGACUACCUCAUCAGCCUCGCCACCAAGAAGAGCGUUACCAGGGGCGGCGGCGGGACGUCGGAGGGCGUGUCGGGCCCCGCGGUGGCCAACGGGGUGCAGUCCAACGGGAAAGACGACGGGUGAUGGAUGACGACUAUGGAUGAUAAUGUCGCAUUGUGCCGGUGAAGUAGGAUGAUUAAUCGAGCGAGCACUCUCUGCGGUGCAGUGAUGAAUCCCUGUCUCCGA